CAUGGACAAGCAUUCGCCAGCCCCAAGCAAACAGAAGCAGCAGCAGCGAGCGGGAAAAACAGCUGAUAAGCGCCACAAACAAAACAACGCAAUUUGUGUAAACAAUAAUCAAAAGGCGUAGUAGGAGAAAAGCAAUAAUCAAAAGUGGUUACAAGCCAAGCGGAAAGUUUUUCGAAUACCAGCAAUAAAAAUCAACCUACAAUCAAAGAUGUCUGCAUCACCCACCGCCCGUCAAGCCGUUUCCCACGCCCUGCCAAUGAUGGCCAUUGCCAAGACCAAGAAGAUCGUCAUCACGGAUCCCAUCCAGAUGCCGGAGGUGUACUCCUCGACGCCCGGUGGUACCCUGUACUCCACCACGCCCGGAGGCACCAAACUGAUCUAUGAGCGGGCCUUCAUGAAGAAUCUGCGUGCCUCCCCCUUGAGCCAGACGCCUCCCAGUAAUAUACCGAGCUGCCUGAUGCGUGGAACACCACGUACCCCCUUCAGGAAGUGUGUGCCAGUGCCCACGGAGCUGGUGAAGAAGACCCAAUCGCUGAAGAUCGAGGAUCAGGAGCAGUUCCAGCUGGAGCUGUAACCGUUCGACGGGUCAAUUCCAACCAAGCAGCAACUGCCAAAAUCAUCUAGUUUUUAUGUUUGCCAAGACACUGAUCUUAUAAUCUUAGAGACCCUCAUUUUGUUAACAAAACUACUACCUGAAUCCGUUACCUUCCAUAUCCAUCUUAGUCCGUAAGCUAGUAGCUCUUGUAGCGAUUGUUCAGUUUCGUUUUGUUCAUUCAGUCAUAUUGACUUUGUAUCUUGUAAAUCUCUAGCUCCUAAGUGAAAUGAAAUAAAAAAAAA